UCCAGUAUUCGGUGUACCAACAACAGACGCCAGCCAAUUUUCGUCGCGAUUGGAAUCGGGCUGCCUCCCACCGAAAAGAAAGAAGAAAAAGAAACCCACCCAAGUAAACAAAACAAUCGCAGAUUUUCGACCGAUAACCGAUCAGCUCUCGAGUCUCGUGCGCUCCAGUUAUGUAAUGCAAGACGUUCGCAAGGAGACGCUUCGUUUAGGCCAAAUUAAGCAAUUAGCCACCGGCGGCCGAUCGCACAGAGCGGGACAUUGAAAUUAAGUAAUCGCGCGGCCUCAGUACCCUACCCUCGGUGAAGCAGAGGGGCUCACUGUUGGAUUAGAGGAUAAACUAGUUUCGUUCCAGAGCGGUGCGUUCAGUGAUAGCCAGUAGACCUGCCAGUGUAGUUCUGGCUGUAGAAGUGAAAGUGACUGCGGUUUUGUUACAUAGAUCACAAAUCAGUGAAUAAAUUAGUAUUUGCAAAAUGAAGCUGUUAAAUGUUUUGCCUGCUGGAUUUCUGUUUCUAUUGGCGCUCCUGUCCAGCACAGAUCACAGCGGGUCAUCGGUUCGAGCCCAAGAACCCCUCUUCGAGCUACCGGUGCAACUAAUUGGAUUUCCUGUGAUUAUUCUGUCGGUACGGUUAGCAACAUUUGCCAAGAAGCUAGCGUAUUCCUUGAAUCCAAAAACCUACCAGUCUCGAAGCCGACGGGAAACUUUGGCCGGAUCGAUCCCAACGGAAGAGGAAAUAUCUGCCAUGGCCGUGGCAAUAGCGCAAGCGGAGCGCAGAAUACUACAGGAAUUUGGCCCGAAAGCCUGCAUCGAAGAGGAGCCCUGUCGGUUGCAUGCCGCGCAAACCAACCGCAGUGACGACUAUCAACCGGAUUGGAGUGACAUUUUGAAAAAUUACAAAGUACGGGCAACCGGUAUGAAGCAGUGGUACCUGUUGUCGGUUUUCAUUGGUGAUUACAUCCAGGAUGUACAGUUCUGUAAGCAGCUGUCCAAACGGUUAUCCUGUGAUCGAGGACACAAGGAAUUCGUCCGAGACUAGGACGCGGAAGGUUUAGUGUUUAGAUCUGACUCCCUAGUAGGUUAAUUUAUCUUGUGUAAAUAUUUCCUGAUUUGUAAGAAUGUUACCAAAUAAAAAAUAUUAAAGAGUAUAAAAUAAUCAA